GUGGACACCGUCCUUACCCUCUACGCCUCAGUCUUGGUCGUUAGAGACCCUCUGUCCGCAUGCCCUCGACUUCUCGCCUAGCUGCACCUAGGACGCCCGGCCUCGGUGGCUGAUCUCCCGACUCUCGCACCUCCCCCUUCCGCGCGGGAGCUUCCUCGACAUGGACGCUGGGGGAUACGAGACGAACACGCUGUUGAUUAGCCAAGUUUCCGACAUCUCCUUCCGAAUUUACGAGCCCAUCGCCUCGCAAUCUUCGACUUACACGUUCAACGCGUCCGAUGUCGAAGACGCCUUGCGCAGCGAUGGCCACCUGGUGUACAUGGACGCCGUGCGGCGCGGAAUAUGGUGCUUCUACCUCUCGUCCCGCGACUCCACUGCGGCUACCUCCCCAGAACGGCUGGGUCUUCAUCCGAGAAUGGAGGUCUGCGGUUAUCCCCUCGGCCUUGUUGCGGACGGGAACUUGGAACCAAUCGGGCUGCUCAGGAACAAGCCGCCGGGCACAAACGCCAUCAACACGCCCAGCAGCUCGUCAUCCACAGGCUCUGCCCUUGACGUGGGCAUGAGAAGCGCCCAGUCCUUCAGCUUCCCUCCUCCCCUGGCCGUGGACGGCAAGGUGGCAUCGACACCAGUGGGCGAUGUCAAGGGCUAUGGGUCGGUCCCAGCGCGCGAGAUACACGAAUUCUUCAUCACAGCCGUCCUCUCAUCCCUGACGACGUACUUCUGUCGUGCUGUUGGCGCUAUUCUGCUUAACCACCGCUCUGCCUUGCUGCCUUCCCACGCCUUUAAUUCCGGAUCGCUCGUCAUCUCCCUUCAUGUGUCGGUGCUCCAGGGCCUGGUGUCCUCCGCCGACGUCUUGCGGUCGAGCCUGCUCCACGCGGGGCCAACUGUCCUCGCAGCGCCGUUUGGGACAUUCGGGGCUCUGCAAGGGAUCGUGGACACCGAGACCCAAGCGGCUGACGGCGGGUUUGGGCAAACCCCCGACACACAGCUGAACGGGUUGAGGUCAGACCGCGGCGACAGGUUCCAGCAAUGGAAAGCAACAUGUUGCAGGUUGCUUCAGAUGCGUGGUAUGUCGCCGUCCAUGUUGGACGGCUGUUCUUGGCUAAAUAUACACUUUCUUCAAAGAAAGCCAUACGAACAAAGGGCCGACGGGAAAAGGACACCCCUGGUCAGCUCGGGUCCAACUGCGCCCUGGCCGGCGGUUCUCUGCUUCCGCAAGCCCAAGAUCGAACCCGCAUUGGACAUCUCGUACGAAAAGGCUUUGUCUGGAACCGCCGACAACAGCCUGGACCCCUUGACCAAGGCAAAGCUGUGGUGUCAAGGGGUGUCUGAGAGAGAACAAGUUGUUGCAGACCGGAAGGAAAGAGGUGCUGCUGCCUUGGUGCGCGGGCAUGCUGACGCGGAGCUCAAAAGUCAUCCCCAGGCCAACGGCUACUCGCCCAUGGCGCUCUGGCGCUCCAGCAAUGGUGGGCCACAACCCGCAGCGGGAGCCGUGUACCCAACUCCUCCAGAUGUGGUUCAGCCCGUGGGAGUUACGCCCUCGUUCGAAGGCGGUACGGUUCAGAGUCCGGCCGGCCAACCAGGGACGAACGCCCAGGUUGGUGCGCAAGCGGCAGUACAGCAGAACGCGCCGCCUUCGGAUGGCUUCCACGUCGGAUGGGAUGGAGCAGAGCCCAGGCCAGGGCAGCCUGCAAACAACUUUUCCGAGGAAAAUAUAUUCGGCGAUCUAGGAGAAGAUAUGUUUGAAGGGAACGAACUCACGGAUGCCGACUUCAACUUCUUCGAUGAGCAGCCUGCUGCCGUUGAGAUGGAUGUUCCGCUGCUUCCAGACAUUCAUCCUUCGGGAUUAGCUGGCUCGGAGGAUAGGAACCAAAAUUUUGAUGAGCUCGCCCAGGCUGCGCCUGGCGCAAAGGAAACCAAGGACGUUGUCCGUUCAGGAUCGCCGCAUUUUACGAAGCCUGAGUUGAAGCACGCCCGCAGCACGCUUGAGGAGAGGCGGCAGCAGACUAAUAUGGAAAGCUUUAAUCUUAAUUCUACCCUCGGGAUCAAGAGGAACCCGAGCCCCAGCAAUCUCGGAUCAGUUCUCAAGCGAUUUCGGGGAUCGAUCUGCCCACCGCCCACAUCGCUACCCAACAACCCGCAGCGCCCGGCCCGCCGUCGCAGUAUAUUCGAAAAGGUCGAUUUUGAUCCCGCCCUUUCGCUCGUUCGGCGGAAGUAUGAAGACGAAGGACCGUUCGCCUACAGGUCUUCUGGUCUGAAAGACAUGGAGAAGGGGUUCUCGCCGACCGGUAGCCCCCUGACCAGGAACCGGCUCCCAGGCUUUUCAAGGCAGCGAAGGAAUCUCAAAGAACUACCGUCAGACAUUGGCUCCAUUUUGGCCAAGCUGGCUGGUAACACCAGCAGCAAUAGUCCGACACAGCCGGAUUAUGGCCGCUCAGACUCGGACGACAGCAGCUGGGCUUCGGAUUCGGACGACGCGAGCGACCGUGUGGGCCGCGCUUCCUCCCCGGCCAAGUCGAGCGUGGUCAGGAGGCGUCCGGACGACGACGUCACAUCUAUGGCCGCCUCUUUCAGGGAGCUGGACAACAUCUCGACCGAUUCUCCGGCCUACGGCCCCGUCGAUUUCUCCCGGCUCUCCAACUCCGAGAUCCCCGAGUUUCCCCUUGCUAAGUACUUCGCAGACCCGGAGCCUGUGCCGCUCCGCGUAUCCAUUUCCGACGACGAUUUUAUCACAGUAGCGCAGAUCCUCACCGAGCAGGCGGCCGGCGGCUUUCUCAGACUGUUUCCGCAACGGCCGAGCUCCGAAACCCAAGAUGUGCGCCGAAGCCUGAUCAAGGCCAUCCGGUACUCGAUCAAGGGCUUGCAGAAGGCUUUGCCACGGUCGCUUGCCGGGGCGGCGGGAUGCCAACUUCGGCCCUUUGCGGAAGUUCAGGACGUGCCCUUACUGGUACAACCCAAUGGCCGGGUCCAGAUGAGACCCGCCGAUUUUCCCAAGCCCGGCAUAUUCUCCAUCCCUGCACCGCAUGUCGAGCUCCGACGCUACGACACACAGCUCUCGGUGUUGCCGUCUGCCGUGUCUUUCUGGGAUACCUUGGGGCUUGCGCCCGCCCAGGGUCCGAAGGAUGUCGUGGGAUUGUGCGUCCUACCCCAGUCUGAAAGCAUGCGGGACAAUGCAUCCGCGUUUCUGGAUAGGGUCAAAAGCACGUACGAGUCCAUGAGACUGGGCACGUUUGAGAGGCUACCCCCGGCUGGCGACAUCGCGGACGGCGUCGUAUUGCUCUCAACCGACCCAGAGAUUGCCUCUCCCGGGCUCAAUCUUCCCCCUGCUCGGUCGGCGUACACGGACCGAAUGGCGAGUCUCGCUGUGGCUCUCGCAAGCUCCCCGGUUUCGGGAAAGAAUAUCGUGGUGUACUUCGCAUACACGCCGGAAAACCCCGGUUCCAUUGUGGACUUGUGUUCCGCCUUCCAGGAGCUCCUUGAGCAGUACAAGCGAUGCAUGUCGGACAGGAAGAAGAAGGUUGCCAACCAGCUGGUGCUCCAGCUCGUGCCCGUCGACGCGGUCGCCUCGGAGACGUUCCUCGUUGUCUUGUCCCCAUCCGAGUGCGCCAGGCUUUGCAUCGAGACCUACGACCGCUGCACGCUCUUUGGCGGUCCCACGCCCGUAGCAGCGAUAGUGCUGGAACGGGCGCUGCCACGAGGCAUCGAUUUCAAGCUGGCCGCCACUCCCUCGCCGAGCCUGCUCCGGGAGAACUCGUGCAUGCACAUCGCGUACGCACGCAGUGUAGAUGAGCGCUGGAUCGCCGCCGCCUGGACGGACAACAGGGGCAGCACUCAAACAACGGCAGCCUACUGUCUUGGGAGACGAGGCAAGCCGCUGUCGAGGCAGCUGGCGGAAGUCAUCCACGAGAUGUGGGAGACCACGUACGACUUGAUCUCGUCGUGCAAGGUCCACUGGCGGCUUGUCAUCACUAAGUGCGGUCCCAUGGACCAGCACGAAAUGGAGCUCUGGUCGGGCAUGGCCCAGGCGGAGAACCGCGCCACUAUCAGCCUGGUGCUGCUGACCGUCGACACGGACCCGUCACUCCAGCUCAUCCCGCCCGCCGGCACGAUCCCGCAGUCCGCCCCGUCCGCCUUCUACACCACACCCGCUUCAACCCCGCAACCACUCUCGGGGGUCUCUCCAGAUCAAUCCGGGAACAACCCAUCCACGCCGAUCGGCACCACCACCCCCGGCGGCGACAACAACCCCACCACCACCACCUCCUCCUCCUCCCAGCCCCAGUCCCACGCACAACCCGCCCCAGACCCCGACGCCCCCGACACGACGCUCGUCGACGCGACCGAGACCACCUGGGGCGUGGUGGUCUCGCACCGGCUCAACAACUCGGCGUCGCUGACGGACCUCAACCCGGCGCUGGCCAGCGGCUACCUGGUCAAGCGGACGGGGGCGCGCGCCGAGGACGCGCCGGUCGCCAUGGAGGUCAACGUGGUGUUCAGCGACAACGCGCGCGCGCUGUACGACGGCCUGCUGCGCGAGAUGCUGACGUACUUCCGCGGGCUGGGCACCCUGGCGCGCGUCCGCGGCGUCGUCGAGAGGGACGUCGACGUCCGCCCGUGGCAUGUCGCGGUUGUGGAGAAGGCGGUGAGGGCGCUGUAUCUUCUGAUGUGA